AUGCCAAAUCAAUUUCUUUUUUUUCUCUUCUUCCUCCUCUCCUUCUUCCUCCUCCAACCACCCCGCCCCCUGCCCCAAGCCCUGCCCUGCCCCGGCCGGCAGCCGCCCCCCGCCGCCGCCCCUGCGCACUGCCCUGCCCCGGCCGGCAGCCGCCCCGCCGCCGUCCCUGCACACUGCCCCGCCCCGGCCGGCCGCUGCCCCUGCGCGCUGCCCGCCCGGCCGGCCGCCGCCCCUGCACACUGCCCCGCCCCGGCCGCCGCCUCCCGCGUGCUGCCCUGCCCCGGCCGCCGCCUCCCCGCGUGCUGCCCCGCCGUGGCCGCCGUCCCCUGCGCGCUGCCCCGCCGUGGCCGCCGCCCGCUGCGCGCUGCCCCGCCGCCGCCCCUGCGUGCUCUCGCUAGCCCAAGACCAAGACGCCCCUGCGUGAUCUCGCUAGCCUAG